AUGUCCAGACCCGAACAGAUUGCACCGCCAGAAAUAUUCUAUAAUGACAUUGAGUCCAAAAAAUACACGUCUUCAUCUCGUGUGCAGCAUAUCCAAGCGAAGAUGACGUUGCGUGCUCUUGAUCUACUCAAUCUGGAAGAGGGAAAGACACACUAUCUUUUAGACGUGGGCUGUGGGUCUGGGUUGUCUGGGGAAAUUUUGACCGAGGAAGGACACAUGUGGAUUGGAAUGGACAUUUCUGCAGACAUGUUGGCCACCGCCAUCGACAGAGACGUGGAGGGAGAUCUGUUUCUUGCUGAUAUGGGGUGCGGUGUUCCAUUUCGUCCCGGUACGUUUGAUGCAGCAAUAUCGAUUUCUGCUAUUCAGUGGUUGUGUAAUGCAGAUACCAAUACCAACGAACCCAAGUUUCGAUUGGCUAGGUUUUUCAACACCCUUUACUCUGCCUUGUGUAAAGGAGGUAAGUUUGUCGGUCAGUUCUAUCCUGCAAAUGAAGACCAGAUAAUACAGAUUACCAGUGCUGCAAAAGUGGCAGGGUUUCAAUGUGGUGUUGUUGUAGACGAGCCGGAAUCGAAGAAAAAUAGAAAACAUUACCUUGUUCUACAGGCAGGUACUUCGGUAAGGCCGCUCAAUGUCGAUGGAAUGGACGUUGAAAACAUGAAUGCCAAACACGCCAAGGAAAGCAGUAAGCUUUCCAAGAAGAAACUCAAGGCUAACGAAACCAAGAAGGAGUACAUCAUGAGGAAGAAAAUACUUAUGGAGAAGAGAGGUAAGGAUGUCCGCAAAGAUUCCAAAUUCACCGGACGUUCCAGAAAACCUCGUUUCUAA